AUGGCCAUGCCAGUUUCGAGCGCGGAGGAUACGGUGCGGUACCGGGUGUUCUGUUCGGUGAAAGCAGAUGCGGAAAUUUCGACCCGAGAAUCUCUGACACAACGCUUAGCGUCGAUCGAAAAGAAGAUUACGCCGAAAAUAAACUCAUACAUAUGGCACGUGGAGCAGCUGAAGCUCCGCGUCAUAGAAGCUCCUGAUCGUUCAUCGAACGGAAGCCAAACCGACGAUGGGGAGCAAGUCAUCGAAGCACAUCUCGGCGGUAGCGUGUUUUACGGAGAGAAUGUCGAUGAUGAAUGGUUCGUGGCUCAUCUCUUCCUCGAGCUGACCCGGGACGACAACGACUUGGUGGUUCAGAUCGACGACGAAGACGGUGACAUAUUCCUCAUCGAAGCUGCGCAUUGUCUGCCAAAAUGGCUCAGCCCGGAAAACGGUGCCGACCGGGUAUAUUUGCAUCGGGGCGCUAUUCACAUAGUUCCAACCGAUAUCAUUCCAGAAGACGAACUCACAAUCAAGAAAGCCGUGGCGCUGGUGAGGUCAAGUCCGGCGAAGACGGUCGCCUCUUCGAGUAUCCAGCAGGCGAUCCGAUGCAAGACAAAAGACUUCGAGACCCCCGCGACCAUGCGGGGCGUGAAGUUACAUUUAGCAACGCUGUCGCUACCGAUCAAAGCGGCGCAAAUGCUCCGCGACGACCCGAGUGUCGUCUCAGAUGCGAUUCGAAGCUUCACUCUCAGAACACCUCUUGACGAUAGAGCUCUACGAGCCAUGAAACAUUUUCCGCCGGAGGUUUGCGUUCGCCGGAAUGUGCUGAUGACCCGUUUCAACUACGCGAUGUUGCGACACGAUAACUACGCUCCAAACCCCGUCACAGGAUGGAAGAUUCCGAUGUGCAAGGCUCGUGACAGCGCGGAGUUCAUCGAAGCGGAUCUCGGGAUGAAAAUCGCUUGCGGACUCGAAAUUUUAUGCGUCUCGCUGGAGGAAACAAAAACGUCGCUUGACAAGAAUGCUCGUUUCCUCCACUACGUCCGUCGUUUGAAGGAGCGAGGCUACUUCAAGGAACAUCGGGAUGGCUCAGGCCAAUACGAAGAGCUAUACGAUAAAGCCAAAGGAUUCUUCCUGCAGCAGGAUAAUGACGGUGAGGAUCCCGAAACUAGUCAUCAGCCGAGGGCGGAUUUUCUGGAGAAAUACCGAUCCACUUCGGUAGAUACGGCUCUUCUGACUGCGGAAGAGAAAUCCCUCCAACCAGCCGAUAGUGAACAGUGGAUGACGCUGAACGACGAGCAACUCAACAGUCUCCUGAAGCAGUACACUUCGGGAACCCCAAGUCAGGCGUUGCAGGACGCCUUCAAGGAAGACACCCUAGUCAAGGAGAUUACGGACGGACUGAAGAAUUUCGUGGCUAAAGAGUCGCCGCUCGAGGGGGUGGAGCCUUCAAAGAAACUCGGAAACUCAGACGCUCCGCAACGACAACGUCGCGGAGGCAGAAAGCACAAAAAAACGAGUAAAUCGAGUAAAGACACGCGUCAGACCGCCCCGCCCAACGCCACGGACGAUAUCGAAGACAUUAGUGGUAUGCUGAAGACGGUGCUCGAUUUCAAAAUUCCUUCCGAAUCAGAUUCUGAUUCUAGCUCAAUGAGCAGCUACGGCGAAGAGGGAGAUCAGGACGACGAGCUCUCGAAGGACAUGGUCGAAUACCUGAGCCUCAUGGAUCGAGAGCUCGACGGAACUGCCAUGGGCCAGAGUUUCGAGAAGAAAAACUUUCGUGGCGCUCCGAAGGCACCGAAGGAAAGCUGGGACGACGACGUGCCUGAAGUCGAUAUCCCACUCACUGCCCUCAAGAACAUUCUUAAGUCGUCGGCGGCCGCGGGCUCAAAGCCGGGCCCAGCACAGAAUCUCCUGCAUACGAUGGGACUGCACCUCCCCCCAACACUCGAUAGCGACGACGAUGCCGAUGAUGAAAAUUAG